AAUGUUGCUGCGCACCAUCACAUGCUGAGGAACGAGGGCCUGCUUCCACGUACCACGACGUCUGCACCACCGUCACCGUCUUCAGGAGCACACCGAGUGGCUGGCGAUGGCCGCCGGGAAACCCGGGACGCCUCUCUUAGAAUAAGUGGUGGCUUAGAGAGAGAAAUGGUGGGGCAGGUCCUCUCAACCACGUCCAGAGCAGCCCACGAAGCAAGAAGCAUUGCCACUCAUGAUGGCAACAGCCUGGAGGCUUUUGACCUGGGUUCUCGUCUCUGCCAUGGUGAUAGGCAACUUCCCUGGCUGCACGUUCCAGUCACAAGAGGAGUUCCUCUCCAGCCUCAACCACUAUGAAAUCGCCUUCCCUGUCCGGGUGGAUCAAAACGGUGACUUUCUGACCUUUGACAUGAAAAGCCGAAGGAAACGGAGGCCUCGGCGCAGUCCGGAGGCCUCGCCUUACGAUCCGCCGGAACAGCAGGUCUUUUACAAAGUUUCGGCCCACAGGAUUCAGUUUCUGCUCAACUUGACCCUGCGGGCCAACCUUCUCGCGGAACAUUUCCACGUGGAAUACUGGAAACGGAAUGGAAUAGACCAGCAACACGACUUCCACGAAGACUGCCACUAUGCGGGUCACUUGCAGGACCAGUAUCUGAACUCGAAAGUGGCCAUCAGUAACUGUAAUGGUUUGCUUUGCAAAAACAAACCCAAAGAAAAUUGUGCGGCUUUCUUUCUGACUUUCCUGCCUUCGCAACAAGGAAAUAAGGUUAAACUUCAAAGGCCCCCUGUCACUGUCGCAGAGGAAAUUUCAGUCCCCAGCGUGAGCAAAGAGAAAGAAAACCACCGAAGGACGACUCGGCCUCUCUCGCCCUCCGAUGCAGGGCUCCAUGAAACACCUUUACCCCCAACUGUGUUGCCAACCACCACCGCAUCUCCUGGGAUCCAAAACUUCACAGUGAACUUCACCAUCACCAGCCUCAAAUAUAGGUCAGAGAUGGGUGACCCUAACUCAAGAGUGUUCAACUCUACAGCCAGAGUUAUGAGCAGACUGCUUCAUGAAAUGGUGGGGAGAGACAGCAAUGAUCUUGGGAUUCUUGGGUGUCAACCUACAGGUUUUCGAUCAUUAAGAAAUGGACACGAAACCGGUGUGGACGCCAUCUGCACUUACCGAUAUGACUCCACCACGCCCACAUUUGACAGAGUGAAAAUGUAUGGUGAAAUAGUUAACCGGACUCAGAAUUUCACCAAGACAGGCCCCUAUCUCUUGGACAGAGACAGCCUCUACGUCAAUGGGUUCCAUGGAACACCUCCACCCACAACUGUGUUGCCAACCACCACCACCACCGCAUCUCCUGGGACCCAAAACUUCACAGUGAACUUCACCAUCACCAGCCUCAAAUAUAGGUCAGAGAUGGGUGUCCCGAACUCAAGAACAUUCAGCUCUACAGCUAGAGUCGUGAGCAGACUGCUGCAUCAAAUGGUGAGAAAGGACAGCAAUGAAGCUGGGAGUCCUUGGUGUCAACCCACAGGUUUUAGAUCAGUAAGAAACGGAAACGAAACCGGUGUGGACGCCAUUUGCACUUACAGAUAUGACUCCACCACGCCCACGUUUGACAGAGUGAAAAUGUAUGGUGAAAUAGUUAACCGGACUCAGAAUUUCACCAAGACAGGCCCCUACCUCUUGGACAGAGACAGCCUCUAUGUCAAUGGGUUCCAUGAAACACCUCCACCCACAACUGUGUUGCCAACCACCACGACCACCGCAUCUCCUGGGACCCAAAACUUCAUGGUGAACUUCACCAUCACCAGCCUCAAAUAUAGGUCAGAGAUGGGUGUCCCUAACUCAAGAACAUUCAGCUCUACAGCCAGAGUCGUGAGCAGACUGCUUCAUCAAAUGGUGGGGAAGGACAGCAACGAACUUGGGAUUCUUGGGUGUCAGCCCACAGGUUUUAGAUCAUUAAGAAAUGGAAACGAAACCGGUGUGGACGCCAUCUGCACUUACAGAUAUGACUCCACCACGCCCACGUUUGACAGAGUGAAAAUGUAUGGUGAAAUAGUUAACCGGACUCAGAAUUUCACCAAGAUAGGCCCCUACCUCUUGGAGAGAGACAGCCUCUACGUCAAUGGGUUCCAUGAAAUACCUCCAACCAAAACUGUGUUGCCAACCACCACGACCACCCCAUCUCCUGGGAUCCAAGACUUCACGGUGAACUUCACCAUCACCAGCCUCACAUAUAGGUCAGAGAUGGGUGUCCGUAACUCAAGAAGGUUCAACUCUACAGCCAGAAGUGUGAGCAAAGUGCUUCAUCAAACGAUAGAGGCAAGCAGCGAUGAACUUACAAUUCUUGGGUGUCAAGCCACAAGUUUUAGAUCACUGGAGGAUGGGGACCACACAGGUGUGGAUGCCAUUUGCACCUACAGAAAGGACUCCCCCACUGACCGAAAGAAGAUGUAUCAUGGAAUAGUUAACACCACAAAUGGUUUCACCAGGAUGGGACCCUACCAGGUGGACCAGAACAGCCUUUACGUGAAUGAAUCAGCCUCCAAAGCUUAUGUCUCUACCACUGCCUCUACCACUACCACUGUCGCUACCACUACCAAGACUCAAACCCUUGGGUAUUUCACUGUGAACUGCACUUUCACCAACCUGCGUUAUACAACUGACUUGGGAAGGCAUGGAUCCCGGAAAUUCAGCUCCACAGAAAGAGUCAUACGAAAUUAUAUGGAACCCAUUCUAAAGGGCACCAGUAUUGGGUCAGCAUUCAUUGCGUGCCAAGUGGAGAAUUUUUGGCCUGCACAAACCGGAAAUGGUGUGACCAUGGAUGCCCUCUGCAGCUACCAGAAAAAUCUUCACCCUACCCCUUUCGACCACGCAAAGGUCCAGAGGGAGAUGAGCGAGAAGACGAACGGGGGCCGCAAAAUGGAACGCUAUGACAUGCAGGAAAACAGUCUCCGAGUGAACGGUAACGCUGUCGUCGGCUAAGAGUUGCCCGAGGCAGCUUUGGCCGCGGUUGAUUGCAGGUGCCGAAAUCCUCUGCAUCCAAAUCCCUCCCCAGAUUUUGGAAUUCCUGAUAAUGUGGCCUUCUUCCUGAAGCGGAACCGAUGCCUCGGGAGUUCUCUGUUACUCGCUUUCUCAUUUCUGACAUAUGUUUGGUUUACUGCAACUUUCAGUUCUUUAGGCAAAGUCAUGCA